UGGUGCUGGGCUGAUUUUACUAAACUUUAGGCAACCGAUGAGAAAUGUUUGAUGAAUAAAUUUGUAAUAUAAAAGUGCAUCAAGACAAUUUAUGAGGUGGGUUUUAUAAAUGUUAUUUUGCAGGUCAAAAAAUGAAGCUUAUAGAGUGAAGUAACUUUCUUGAAGUUUCACUGCUAUUAAGAGGAGGUUAGAAUUUGAACCAGUUCAGUUUUGUUCUAGAGCCUUCCUUUUAUCAACAAUACUAUACUGCCUAGCAUUCUGUCGCUUCUCCCAAGGACACAGCUAAAAGGGGUUGACCUACCAACCACUGAGUGUCUACAUCAGCCAUGUACCAGUUUUCUGAAUCUUGGCACCAGUGGUCAUGGCCAGACUGUGUUCUGGAGGGUCCUGCAGGGCAUCCUGAGUCUGAACAUCUAUACCUGGAUGUAUUAAAGUAAUCAUAAUAACUACAGGCUUCCCAUUUCUCAUUUGAAUAAGCUUCUUUGAGGUGGCAGCGUUUAAGAAAAAAUUAUUCUGACACUUAUUAAAAUGGUAAGGCAGACUUUAUUCAAGACUAUUGCAAUAGGGAUGUUGCAAUGGGGAGAGAGAUGGAGCUCAACUCCAAAGAUAGCAAAGAUAUCUGGGUGUUUAUAGCCAACCAGCAGAGUGAGGGGGUCAGUGAGAGAAUCAAGGGUAGGGGAUGAGGAAUUUGAUCAGAUCUUGAGGUGAUCAUAUAUCGAGGGUAGGGGAUUUUCUCUAAACUGACUCAGUAGGAUUCUUGCUAAAACUGGACUUGGCAAGGAUGAAUGUGGAAGCCCAAGGUCGAGCCUUAGUCUAGAAGAGGGCCAAGGAGCAUGACUAAAGUUUGGCCAAGGAGAGCGUCUUUGUCAGUAGUUUUAUGAGUCCUGUGUGGAGGUCCUCUGAAGCAUUGAGACUAACCUAAGUGGCAGCCACCUUCAGUUCACUUAUUCACCUGGUUGUUUGUCUGUGCAUUCAUAAAUACUCAGUAAACACUGGGCAAACACUGUUGCAUGUGUGGGCGUGGGGUAAAUAUUAAUCUCUUGGAAUUUUCAGUCCCUGUUCUUACCCUACUGUGUUGAAGGGGUCCUUGUAAGUUUCUCUUUUUAGGUGGGGAGGAGAGGAGAGAAGAAAGAGAGCAGACUCCAGAUACUGUACAUCAAGCCAUGAGAAGACCUCACCGAGAGGGCCUAGGCCCAGCCAGCUGUUAUUGUCAUUGAAAGAAAAAUUAUCUAAGACUUGGAAAUGAAGCAAGGAAAAAACGGGACUGCAUGUUUUGUCACUCAUACUGGGCAGUUUCUUAACAGAGGCACCCAAGAUAGUUUAAUUUCCUAACAGAACGCACCUCGCUGACUCUGCUGUUUACUCUUGGUUAGAGCCCAAACACUGUGAUGUUCAUGUUAAUUUGUAGAUUUUUGUCUUGUAGAGAUACAAAUUAUUUCUGUCUGAUAAAGAUAAGUUCAAAGGUUAUAGUUUUAUUGCUCUGUAGGACAUUAACCAGAUUUGUCUCCAACUUAAGCUUAUUUUAGUCAACUCCAGCUCUUCAAAUGCCCUCUGAACUAGCUUCCCAUCUUACAGGCUCCCUCCUUAAUUUAUAUUUGCAUGGGGGAUGUCUUUUGGCCUUUGAAAAUUAUGCUGUGACACCACUGGGAUGCUGAGUGUGCCUUAAGGUGGUCACAACUGCUGGUACUGGUUGUCCUUCUGCAACACUGCUCUUCACAUGGAAAGUGUCCCCGUGAGCUGUUGAACAUGAAGUCCUGGUGACUCUUAAAGAAAACCAAAGUGAAAAGAAUAAGCCAUUAAGAUAAAAGAUGUCAUCGUGGAAUUUUUUCUAUUGAUGGAUGUUACCUAUCUGAAGAAUGUCUUAUAUUACAUCUUUUAUUAUAUAACCUUUCCAGGAGUUCAGUUAUGGGUGUGAGAGGUUUGCAGGGAUUUGUGGGAAGUACCUGCCCACAUAUAUGUACAGUAGUAAAUUUCAAAGAACUGGCAGAGCACCACCGAAGCAAGUAUCCUGGAUGUACUCCUACCAUUGUGGUUGAUGCCAUGUGUUGUCUCAGAUACUGGUAUACUCCCGAAUCUUGGAUCUGCGGUGGCCAAUGGCGAGAAUACUUUUCUGCUUUGAGAGAUUUUGUUAAAACUUUUACAGCUGUUGGCAUCAAGUUGAUAUUCUUCUUUGAUGGCAUGGUGGAGCAGGAUAAGAGAGAUGAAUGGGUGAAACGAAGACUCAAGAACAAUAGGGAGAUAUCCAGGAUUUUCCAUUACAUCAAGUCACACAAGGAGCAGCCCGGCAGAAACAUGUUCUUCAUCCCCUCGGGGCUGGCCAUUUUUACACGAUUUGCUUUGAAGACCCUGGGUCAGGAAACUCUGUGUUCAUUACAGGAGGCCGACUAUGAGGUGGCUUCCUAUGGUCUCCAGAAUAACUGUCUUGGAAUUCUUGGAGAAGAUACUGACUACUUAAUUUACGAUACCUGUCCCUAUUUUUCAAUUAGUGAGCUCUGCCUGGAGAGUCUCGAUACCAUCAUGCUCUGUAGAGAGAAGCUCUGCAAGAGUCUGAGUCUCAGCCUGGUGGACCUUCCUCUUCUGGCCUGCCUCCUUGGCAAUGACAUAAUCCCGGAAGGCAUGUUUGAAAGCUUUCGAUACAAGUGCUUGUCUUCCUAUACCUCUGUAAAAGAGAACUUUGACAAAAAAGGCAACAUUAUUUUAGCUGUAGCAGACCACAUAUCUAAAGUUCUUCACUUACAUCAAGGUGAGAAAAAGCUAGAAGAGAUAUUACCUUUGGGACCAAACAAAGCUCUUUUUUAUAAAGGAGUGGCAUCAUAUCUUUUGCCAGGACAGAAAUCGCCAUGGUUUCUCCAAAAACCCAAAGGUGUAAUAACUUUGGACAAGCAGGUGGUAUCCAUGUGUACAGACCCUGAAUCCAAGCAAGAAAUUUCCAUGUGUACACACCCUGAGUGCAAGCAAGAAGUUCCUGUGUAUAUAGACCUUGAAUCCAAGCAAGAAGUUCCCAUGUGUACACACCCUGAAUCCAAGCAAGAAGUUCCCACGUGUGCAUACCCUGAAUCCAAGCAAGAAGUUCCCACGUGUACACACCCUGAAUCCAAGCAAGAAGUUCCCAUGUGUACACACCCUGAAUCCAAGCAAGAAGUUCCCACGUGUACACACCCUGAAUCCAAGCAAGAAGUUCCCACGUGUACACACCCUAAAUCCAAGCAAGAAGUUGCCACGUGUACACACCCUGAAUCCAAGCAAGAAGUUCCCAUGUGUACACACCCUCAUUCCAAGCAAGGAGUUCCCAUGCAAACACACUUUGAAUCCAAGCAAGGAGUUCCCAUGUGUACACACUUUGAAUCCAAGCAAGGAGUUCCCAUGCAUAUACAUUUUGAAUCCAAGCAAGGAGUUCCCAUGUAUACAUAUCCUGAAUCCAAGCAAGGAGUUCCCAUGUAUACAGACCCUGAAUCUAAGCAAGGAGUUCCCAUGUGUACAGAUGCUGAACUGAAGCAAGAAGCUCCCGUGUGUACAGAUCCUGAAUCCAAGCAAGGAGUUCCCAUGUGUACACACUCUGAAAUGAAGCAAAAAUUGCCUAUAGGUACAUACCCUGAAUUUAACCUAGAAGCACUCAUGUGUACAAACCCUGGAAUUAAACAAGAAGACCUGAUGAAUGUGGAGCCUGAAGUCAAGCAACAAGUAACCAUGGUUUCAGACCCUGAAAUCUUAAAGGUUGCUCGAGCACGUCAUGUCCAGGCAGAGAGCUACCUGGUGUACAAUAUCAUGAGCACUGGAGAGAUUGAGUGCAGCAACACUCUGGAGGACGCGCUAGACCAGGCUCUGCCGAGCCAGGCCUUCGUUUACCGCCCUGUACGGCAGCGCGUCUACGCUCUCUUGCUAGGGGAUGGCAGAGGUGAUGCCAGCUCCUGCCCCACCGUCAAGGAGUGGUUUGUGUACUCUGGGAACCCGUUGAGGCACCCGGACCUCGUGAGGCCUCUGCCGAUGAACAUUCCAGGGGGAACGCCUAGUUUGAAACUAUUGUGGCUGAACCAAGAGCCAGGAAUACAAGCCCGGCGCUUGGACACACUCCUGGCCUGUUUCGACCUUUCCUCCUCAAGAGAAGAGCUGCAGGCGGUAGAGAGCCCUUUUAAAGCGUUGUGCUGCCUCUUGAUCUACCUCUUUGUGCAGGUGGACACUCUGUGCCUCGAGGAUCUGCAUGCUUUUAUUGCUCAGGCCUUGUGUCUCCAAGGAAAAUCAACUGUGCAGCUUGUAGACUUACAGCUUGAUUACGUCGACCCCAGAGCCGUGCAGCUUGGCUCGCUCCUGGUCCGCGGCCUCACCACUCUAGUGUUGGUCAACAGCGCGUGCGGCUUCCCCUGGAGGAUGAGUGAUUUCAUGCCCUGGAAUGUAUUUGAUGGGAAGCUUUUUCAUCAGAAGUACCUGCAAUCUGAAAAAGGAUAUACUGUGGAGGAUCUUGUAGAACAAAAUAAGUCUCGGCUCACCAAAUUCCACAACCUGAAGUCCAUCGUGUGCAAGGCCUGCAUGAAGGAGAACAGACGCAUCAUCAGCAGGCGGCACUGGCAUUCACACCACUCAGGGAGGUGGGGAAGAGAGGGAUCGGGCUCCCACAGGACGAGUUCUGGGCGCAGCCGGUCUGGCCAAGGACAGCACUGCAGAGACCAGGGACCAGGAAGUAGACAACAUGAGCCUGACCAGUGGAGAAGACAUUCGUCAUCUUCAGGCCCUCGGUACAGAUGUGUUGGAUGAUGUCAGCUGGAUGUGGUGGGUGUGUUAAACUCCGUUCCACCGUGUACAUGCAGCAGUUAGAGAAAUGACAACACUACCAGAAACCAAGGAAAUGAGGCAGAACUGAAGAUGCUCGUGAAAAAGCAGCCUGCUGUCGUCCAGAAGCAUCGCAUGGCUUCAGGCUAAAUACAAGGAUCAUUUUUAAUUUGAAUGUUUGUAAAUGUAUGGAUAUUCAUGGGGAAUGUAUUACGAAAAGAAUAAAGAAACAGCUCAGUAACUUGUACAGAAGUCCUCCUGUGUUAGGCAGGGGCUUCUCUGUCACCUGCUCUGUGAAGUAGCCGCACGGCAGAGCCUUGAACAUCUCUCUCCAGAGAGAGGUGAAGAGGUGGGUGCAUUGUUACAGCUCCUCCUGCUUUGUUUAACGAACUUGGAGAGAAACCUGCAUGCCUGCGUAGCCUGACUGACACCAAGUGUCUUCUAACCACUAUCUUUGAAUUCAUCAAACUUGAGUUAGAAAUACGAUUUCACAGCAAGUUAUUUUCUCAGUGGUUGGCCCAGGCCUCUGACGUCAAGGAUCCUUGUAAGAGUUUACUGAUCGUGCACAUCAUUAGGGUUUCUCAUGUUAUAGCUCUUAAGUUUUGAUUCCUUUUUUAAAUUUGUUAAAAAUGCCACUUUAUCAGGACUUCAGGGGUUUUCCAUUGGUGAGUGAAAAUCACUUGUUUGUGGUUACCAUUUUGCUCCUAGGAAGUAAGCCAGACCAUCCUUAUUUAAAGGAAACACGUGCAAGAACCAAGAAGUAGUGCCGGAGCGCGGCCUGGUGGCUCCUCCAGGAGAGGCCGUGAGGCCCUCCCCACACUUGCUGUGGGGGGCCAUCACACCAAGACAGCACCGCAGCUGUCAGAGGGUCUGAGUAGGUUUGUCAGCUUUCCUUUUGUGUUGUGACGAUGAUCUGUAAUACACGUUUGUGGCUUAUUACUAAAUAUAAAUGAUUAGUCUGCUAUUACUAAUGAGAACACGUGACUGACCUACUUGCUUCUGUUUUUCUUCUGAACCUAUCAUUAAAGUUCUGGAGCUGAAAAGACCUUGGGGAUCUGACCCAGGCCUCUUAGGUGACAGAUGAAGUCUGUGAGCUUACCUGUGGGCUCCAGCGACACAGGUCCCGACGGUCCUGGCCCGACUCUGCCUGGCCACCUUCUACUUUGUGGCCCUGGUGUCAUCAUCUUCAAGUCAGUGGGUUUCUUCAGUAAGGAUUUCUCAGAUGUAAGUCAUAUGUGACACCCUUGAAAGGAAAAAAAGUGGUGAUUCCUGUGUUGAUUUGUUAUUAUUAUUCUAGUGUUAAUUAAGUAUGUGCAAACAUGCAUUAGAUUGCUUAUGCUUAGAACUUUCUGAAUACAACUUUCAAUCCAAGACAUCAUACAAAUGCAAUGAAAACAAAAUUAUAAAACAAAUAGCGUAUUACCACAAUCCCCAGCAACUCCCCGGGGGGCUGGCCAGUGGCCUGAGAGGCCGGCUGCCGUGGGCUGUGCUCAGGAUGAAGGCUUUGUACGAGACAAUGGCCAGUUGGAACCCUCUUCUAGGGAGCUGCAGUGCCAGCGCCCACAGAAGGGACAGAGGCCGUGGCCACGGCGCCACAGGCAGAGAGCAGAGGCCUUGAGGGCAGCCAGGCGUGAGGGUGGUGCCAGGACAAGGAGGCUGGGGAGGACCCUGCCCGGGUGCUGGCCCUGGGCCCGUCUCUAGGAGGCAGUGGUGCAAUUGGAUCUGUCCUGUCCCUCUUGCCCCUCAGUACCGUGAUGGGCGUCCCAGGCUGUCCACCCCUGCAUUGAGCUAACAGAACGUCUAGUGUGGCCAGAGCCAGUGGUGGUGCCCAGCACUCCCCCACUUUGAUGCUGACCCAUGCGUCCAGCAUCUUCUGAGGAGACUAGAUGCCAAGAGGGGCCUCUGCCUUAUCUGUGCUGUCUGAAUUAUUGCAACAAGAGUGACUUCAUGUGUUGUUUUUUUUUUUUUCUUUGUAAAUUGAAGAUAGAGAAAAGAAAGCAAGGUACCCAGUGA